CCACUUCUCACAGUGCACGGAUGCUGGCGGGAAGGCACGAGUAAGCGAGAGAGGCAGAUCGAGGGGAGCGCGUGUGUGCGUGUGUGUGCGUGUGUGUGUGAGUGCGCGUGGAUUGCACCACCGCAUCCCGUUCACCGUUAUGCAGGCGGCCGUGAUCUGAUGGGGAGAAUUACACCGACUUUACAUUUUUCGUCUUGAAUCCAUCCUUUACUAUGCCUUUCCAGAUGUGACUGACAGCUCCUUUUAUGUCGUCAUUGAGACCUGUGCCAUUCAUCUCGGAGAGACUGUGACACCAUGGCUUUGGUUAUGGAACCUAUAAGUAAAUGGACACCAAAGCAAGUACUGGACUGGAUGAAAGGGCUGGACGACUGUCUGCAGCAGUAUGUGAAGAGCUUCGAGCGGGAGCAGAUGGGAGGGGAGCAGCUCCUUCACAUCACCCAUCAGGAGCUGGAGGAGCUGGGGGUCACCAGGAUAGGACACCAGGAGCUCAUCCUAGAAGCCGUGGACCUCCUCUGUGCCCUGAACUACGGCCUUGAGACGGAGAACCUGCGCACCCUGUCCCACAAGCUGAACGCCUCGGCCAAGAACCUGCAGAACUUCAUCCUGGGCCGGCGGAGGGGCGGGCACUACGACGGCCGGGCCUCCCGUAGGCUGCCCAACGACUUCCUCACCUCUGUGGUCGAUCUGAUUGGUGCAGCCAAGAACCUGCUGGCCUGGCUCGACAGGUCACCGUUUGCCAGUGUGACAGAAUACUCCUUACUGAAGAAUAACAUCGUUCAGCUCUGCCUGGAGUUGACCACCAUUGUACAACAGGACUGCACCGUAUAUGAGACAGAGAAUAAAAUCCUCCACGUGUGUAAGACCCUGGCAGGGAUAUGCGACCACAUCAUCUCAUUGUCUUCAGACUCUCUGGUCUCCCAGUCGGCACACCUGGAGGUUGUCCACCUGACAAGCAUUAUGCCCAGUGAAGGACUGGGAAUGUACAUCAAAUCCACAUACGAUGGACUCCACGUCAUCACCGGAACUACAGAAAACUCCCCUGCAGACCUGUGUAAGAAGAUUCACGCAGGAGAUGAGGUCAUCCAGGUCAACCACCAGACUGUGGUGGGCUGGCAGCUGAAGAACCUGGUCAACGCUCUGAGAGAGGACCCGUGUGGGGUCAUCCUCACCCUGAAGAAGAGGCCCCAGAACACGUUGAGCUCCACGCCGGCCCUGCUAAGGAAUGUGCGGUGGAAACCCCUUGGCCUGCAGGUAAACCCUCUCACCCCCCUUCCGCUUAGAUCCUCCCCCUCCUAACACAGGAAGAGACAUCAUACCGUGCCUCUACCACAAGAAAUAACAAGCUAGCAAGGUUUGGGUAAUCUGACCUGAAUCGUUCAUUGUUUCUAUCCGGGUAUUUUAUGCUAGGAGUGGGAAACCGCCCAAGGGUCUAAGACCUGUACAGCGUUUUGCACGAGGUGCCCAAUUUGAGUCUUUGAUCUGUUCUC